CCAGAGUUUCUUGGUGUUGGAUGAACAGAGAUUCGCAAAAGAGAUUCUUCCGAAGUACUUCAAGCACAACAACAUGGCAAGCUUUGUCAGACAGUUGAACAUGUAUGGCUUCCGUAAAGUUGUCCAUGUUGAUUCUGGGGUUGUCAAACAGGAGCGAGAUGGUCCAGUAGAGUUUCAGCACCCGUGUUUUAAGCAGGGCCGGGAGGACUUGUUGGAACACAUUAAAAGGAAGGUUUCUUCUUCGAGACCUGAAGAAAACAAGAUACGUCAGGAGGAUCUCUCUGAAAUAAUAAGUAGUGCUCAAAAGGUGCAGAUUAAACAAGAGACUAUUGAAUCGCGGUUGUCUGCUUUGAAGAGGGAGAAUGAAUCACUUUGGAGGGAAGUGGCAGAACUGAGAGCAAAACACUUGCAGCAGCAGCAAGUCAUUCGGAAGAUUGUACAAUUUAUUGUUACCUUGGUGCAGAAUAACCAACUAGUGAGCCUAAAACGUAAGAGGCCUCUACUUCUGAACACUAACGGACCUACAAAGUCAAAUGUAUUUCAGCAAAUUGUGAAAGAACCAGCUGACAGUAACCACCAUGUACCUCUCAAGAGAAAUGAGGGCUUAAAAGAAAGGGAGCAGAUUUCAGAUGACAUCAUUAUCUAUGAUGUCACUGAGGAUGUUGGUGAUGAAGAAAAUCAUAUGGGUGAUGAAGAAAAUCUUUCUGUUACAACAGAAGCAAAUGAAGAUACCACUUCAGAUUCUUCCAACUGUAGUCAUUCUCCCGAUAUUGUAAUUGUGGAAGAUGAUAACGAAGAAGAAUAUGCCCCUGUAAUCCAAGGGGAUGAAAGCACGGAAUCGAUUGCUGUCCCAGCUAGCGAUCCCCUCAGCCCUGUCAGUGACAGUACGAGCCCACUCAUGUCAAGUGCCGUACAGCUGAAUAACCAGUCGGCUUUAACUGCGGAAGAUCCGGUCUCAAUGAUGGAUUCCAUACUCAGUGAGAAUGGAGUAAUAUCACAGAACAUAAAUCUUCUUGGAAAAGUUGAACUUCUGGAUUACCUUGACAGUAUCGACUGCAGUUUAGAGGACUUCCAAGCUAUGUUAUCAGGACGACAGUUCAGCAUAGAUCCAGAUCUCCUGGUCAAUCUUUUUACAAGCUCCGUGCAGAUGAAUCCCACAGAUCAUAUCACUAAUACCAAAAUGGACACAAAGGGAAUAGAAACUACCAAGAAUAAUGCUGGCCCGGCGGCUUCGCAGGAAACAGAAGAUUCUAAGCCCAAAUCAGAUAAGCAGCUCAUACAGUACACCGCGUUUCCACUCCUUGCGUUCCUCGAUGGGAACCCCGGCUCCGCCGCCGAGAGCGGGACCUUUGAAGCUGAGACUCCCCCUUGCGUCGACAAACCCCUGGAGAUGGACGAGCUCCUGGAUCCCAGCCUGGAUCCUGAGCCCACCCAGAGCAAACUGGUGCGGCUGGGGGUCUAUCUGUGCGAACUUGCACCGGCACCCAUGGACACAGACAUGCCCUUCUUGGAUAACUGAUGCAGUGGGGACUCUGUACAUAGUCAUGAAGAUGAACUAUUUAUUUAGAAUAUUGUUUGGUAUAUGAGUUUUUUUGUAAAUCAGUUUUAUGUAACCAGAUAAUGUGGAAUUUAAAAUACCUUUCCUAUGUUACUUCUACAAGCAAUUGCUUAACCAGAGGGUUGGGCAGGCUGUUAUACACGGUUGGCAAUACCAAGUCAGACUGUUACCGUGCUGCUGUCAAAUACUUGGCGUUACACAGAUGGUGAAAUACCCCAGGUAACUGAACACUUGGUAAGAGUACGCUUUGGUUUAUGGUUUCUUAACUUCUGGUCUUACAUACGAUGACGUAAACUAGUAGUGUAUGGUUAGGGAGCACUGACUUUAUGUAUCUUGGGUUUUUUUCUAUUUUUUACAACAUUUUGUUUAACAAACACGAGGCUUUUUUGGGGUGGGGGGACCAGAACCUGGUGUAGGCUUUUUUUUUUCCCUGCUUGAACUGGGAACAAAGUGCCUGUACCUUGCUAACUCUUGGUUCUGCCUUACUUUCACUUCAGUGGAAGUGCUCACACGCAGCACAAACUGGGGAAGAGUUCCUUACAGCCGCC